AUGAAGACCAGCUUCUCCGCCAUUGCACUCGCCCUCGCUGCGACCUCCACCGCCACCAAGUUCGUUGUCAGCGGUGAUGGCUACAUGCACCUGAAUGGCAAACAAAUUCUCGCUUCCAACGGUGCCGUCGAGUUCCAGAGCCAGGGCAGCGACUUCACCGUGAGCAACGGCUUCUUGAACACCUUCGAUGGCAAGAAACUCUACGUCGGCAGCAACGGUGACGUUCUCUAUGGCUCCCAGAGCGGCGACAAGGGCUUCUCCAUCGAGAAUGGCAAGUUGACCUGGUCCCAUGACAGCUUCUAUGCCUGUCCGUUGGAUGAGCUCUUUCAGACUAUCAGGCUUGGUGCUGUCCGCAAGGAUAACCAGUCUCCUGGUGAUGACUGCUCUCUCAUCGUCCUCACUCAGGUCUAA